AAAUUGAUUCUUUCACUAGAGAAUAAUGAGAUUAUAAUGUGCUCCAAAGGGGGCUAAAACAUAGACUGCUCCUUUCUCCUCUUCAUUUUCACAAUCAUGGCUCUUUGCAACUUCUGGAGUAGAGUGUCUGUUUUUUUAUAUCUUACAAUCCCUCUCGCAGCUCCACUGUCCUUUAAGUUCCCUACUAUCAAACCUCAUGACAUGAACAUAAAUGUCACUGGUGAUGCGUAUAUCUCUUCACAAGGCCUUCAGCUCACGUCAAAUGAGAGCAAUAAGGCAGCAGCAGUAUGGGCAACGGGCCGUGCGACUUACAUAAAACCCUUGCACCUCUGGGACAAAGCUUCAGGUAACUUGACAGAUUUCUAUACUCAUUUCUCCUUUGUUAUUGAUGCCAGUGCCAAUGCCACUGAUGGUGCUUGCUCUGGGGGAGACGGAUUCGCCUUUUUCUUGGCUCCUUUCGGUUCAAGCAUAACUGGGGAUUCGUCCGGUAGUGGCCUUGGCCUUGUUCACCGUGACUCCCCAGAAAAGAAAUCUGGUGAUCCUUUUGUGGCAGUGGAGUUUGAUACUUUUAAAAAUGGAUGGGAUCCAGAGGGUUUACAUGUAGGUAUUGAUAUCAAUUCACUAAUUUCCGUAACCAAUGUCACAUGGUCGAACAACAUCACUGAGGGAAAGGAAAACGAGGCUUGGAUUAGUUAUAAUUCCGCUUCGAAAAAUCUUAGUGUAAACUUCACAGGUCACAUGAGUAAUCUGAACAAAAAUGGUCGCCUCAGCUAUACGGUAGAUUUGACAAUAUACUUACCUGAGCGGGUGAGUGUUGGCUUCUCAGCAGCUACAGGUCUUUGCUUGGAGAAACAUAACGUUAAGUCCUGGGAGUUCAAUUCAAUGGUAACUAAUAAUCAAGGUCCUAUUAAUACCGAUCCUUCCAUGGUGCCAAACAUCAGUCCACAACCUAGUUACCCAGUGAGCCUUGGGGGAAAGAAAACAAAGGGAGGUUUAGUAAUUGGUUUGAUUGUUGGUCCGUCUGUUUUGGUCCCUGUUUUGGUUUUGAUUGGUUACAGUAUAUGGAGGUACAAAAAUAGGAAGGGAAAAAUUGAUGAACUUUCCUUAGAUAUAACAAUGGACGCGGAAUUUGAAAGGGAAUGUGGACCUAAUAAGUUUUCAUAUGGAGAACUGGUACGUGCAACAGACAAUUUUGCUGACGAAAAAAUGCUUGGAGGAGGAGGAUUUGGUUGGGUUUAUCUAGGGUAUUUGAGAGAUUCAAAUUCUUACGUUGCUGUGAAGAGAGUGUCAAAGGAUUCAAAACAAGGGAUGAGGGAGUAUGCCUCAGAAGUGAAGAUUAUCAGCCGAUUAAGGCACAGGAAUCUUGUACAACUUCUUGGUUGGUGCCAUGAGCAAAGAGAGCUACUACUUGUUUACGAAUUCUUGCCAAAUGGUAGCUUAGAUUUACAUCUGUUCAAGGGAAAAUCGUUGUUGACCUGGGAAACAAGGUACAAAAUUGCCCGAGGCUUGGCUUCAGCUUUGCUGUAUCUACACGAAGAGUGGGAACAAUGUGUGGUGCAUAGGGACAUAAAAUCGAGUAAUAUUAUGCUGGAUUCGAGCUUCAAUGCAAAACUUGGGGAUUUUGGUUUGGCAAGGCUUGUUGAUCAUGAAAAGGGAUCACAAACAACUGUCUUAGCAGGCACUAUGGGAUAUAUGGCCCCUGAAUAUUUAAUCUCUGGCAAGGCAAGCAAAGAAUCAGAUGUCUACAGCUUUGGAGUUGUUGCGUUGGAAAUCGCAUGUGGAAGAAAACCCAUUGACGUUAAGAUGCAGGAGAAUCAAGUAUGCAUGGUGGAGUGGGUUUGGGACCUCUACGGAACCGGAGACCUACUUAAAGCAGCUGAUCCAAAACUAUGUGCAGACUAUAAUGAGCAGGAAAUAGAAUGCUUGAUGAUUGUCGGGCUUUGGUGUGCUCACCCUGAUAUCAGUCAGCGGCCAUCAAUAAAGGAAGCUAUUCAUGUCCUUAACUUUGAAGCUCAGUUGCCCCUUCUCCCAUCAAAGUUGCCAGUGUUGACAUAUUUUGCUCCGCCACAUAUAGUUACAAUAUCUUCGGUUUCACAAUCCGGCAAUGUCAGUUUACUCCAGCCUUCAAGUUACCGUUCUGAUGUCUCAAAUUCCACAUCAUCUUCUGCUCCUUCUGCAUAUGCAUCUGCAUCCACAUCUGCAUUUACAUCUACAUCUGCAUCUGCAUCUCCAUCUGCAUCCGCAUUCACAUCCGCAUCAGCCCUUCAGUAAUCUGUAGACGGAUAAAAGUCUUUUAUAGUGAAUAUAUUUUCAAAGUCUUCAUAAUUCAACUUCUUUGGUUGGUGAAUGAAGGUGAAAUCUUGCUGAAAGACGCAAUUUUUUUACGCUGUUACUGUUAUCUGUAUGCGUCCUGAUGCUGCCGGAUUCUAAUGCCCAAAUUAUAGGCUGAAUAUAUCAUCUUGCCAUGCAAGUAUUUUUGGGCAAACCAACUCAACUCUAGAAUCUAACUCAAACAGAUUCUUAAGCUCCGCUCCAUUUUAUUAAUUCUUAUUUCAUUCGUUGGCUCACCACAUUAUAUUGUAAUCAGAAUUAAUACUGGGUGAACAAGGUUAUGGUAAAUUAAGAAAGGUUUAGGAUAUUGUUUAUCA